AAUAAAUAAAAUUAAUAAUCUCAAAAUAUUGUGCCAUAACAUAACAAACUGCAGUUUUAGAACGCAAGUGUCAAAAAUGUUUCUAAAAAUCGUAUUUCUAAACGUAUUCCUCCAUUUAGCCGCAGCGAGUUACUACGAUUUGUUCAGUAAGCUGAAUUAUUUGGACUUGUUUUCGAAUAGAACUCGACCGUCGAAGUCGUUUUCUAACUACAACCUCUUUCCUUCUGGUUCUAAGUCUAACAAAGUGCAGUGUGGUACCAGAAGUGUGAACUUCAACCCGACAAGGAAGGCCAAGAUUGUCGGAGGUUCAGAGAUACCGUAUGGCGCCUUUCCGUGGCAGGUGGAAGUCCAGAUGCUGGACCCGGACAAGCUGUCGUUCGAGCACCACUGCGGCGGCGCCGUCAUCGGGGAGAAGCUGGUGGUGUCCGCCGCGCACUGCUUUGACAGGCAACCCCUGCAGCUGGAGCAGCUGCGCGUGGUGACGGGCGAGCACCGGCUGAAGGUGCAGGACCAGUACGAGACCAGGUUCCUGGUGGAGAAGCUCAUCCUGCACCCGGAGUUCAGGAAGAACGGCCGUCACAGCAACGACAUAGCCCUGGUGGGGAUCCGAGGCCGCGGCUCCCUCGGCAUCCAGUUCAACUCUCACGUGAGGCCCAUCUGUCUCCCGGAGAAGACCUCUGAGGCUGGCCAGUGGUGCACUGUCAGUGGGUGGGGGUAUGAGGAUGAGAGCACAGAAUCCUUCGCUCCAGUUCUCAGAGCCGCGGCCGUGCCAGUGUUAGACCUUGCCACUUGCAGAAAGAGCCAAGUGCUGGGAGGCAGGCAGCAGGCGAUACUCGACUCUAUGCUUUGUGCAGGCGUGCUAGGCGGCGGCGUGGACGCCUGCUCCGGGGACUCCGGGGGCCCGCUCGCCUGCGCACCCCCUGCUGGCCGCUGGCAACUCCUCGGCGUGGUCUCAUGGGGCGCCGGCUGCGCGCGCAGGGCCCGCCCGGGGGUGUACACCAGGGUGUCUUCCUAUGUGGGCUGGAUAAGGAGUGCUGCGGGGAAGAAUGGUUAUAGCAUUUCUUAG